CCUCUAUUCUAUUGUCAUUCAUUUACGCAAACUCCUUCAGAAAAAAGUUAUUCAAACUUGAAAAUAGAACCCCGGCCUCACUCUUCCUUUGUUGUAUGAAAGAGAGAGAACGUUUUGUUUUGCUUUACAAAACACUCUCUCAUGGCUCUCCUAACUUCCUUACCUGAACAGUCCUCCAGUACCCCCAAACGCCACCACAAGCGCAAACCCCAACAACAACAACAACAACAGAAACAGAAACCAGCUUCCUCAUGGGACCAAAUCAAGAACCUCUUAACCUGCAAACAGAUCGAAGGGUCGAGAGUGCAUGACCCUUCAAAAGUGGUAAGUGGGUACUCGAAGCUAGGGUCAUCUUGCAGCUCCAUAUGCAGCUUCAGAGAUGUGGUUCAUGGGAACACACGUGUUGUGCACAGGUCUGAUAACUCCUCACCAGAGAGUAGUUCUCUGGGUCAGGAAACUAAUGGGUUACUCACUAGGAAACCUGUUACUACUACUACUACUACUACUACUCGCUCUUCUGCAAAAUCACACGGUGGAGCAACCUACACGUCAUCAUCAUCUUCCAGAGGCAUGCAAUUCAGGAAGCUUUCUGGGUGUUAUGAAUGUCACAUGAUCAUUGACCCUAGCAGGUUGCCAAUUGCGAGGAGCACUGUGUGUGCUUGUUCUCACUGUGGUGAGGUCUUCCCUAAAAUGGAAAGUUUGGAGCUUCAUCAAGCUGUUCGUCAUGCUGUUUCGGAGCUAGGUCCGGAGGAUUCGGGUCGGAACAUAGUGGAAAUAAUCUUCAAGUCGAGUUGGUUGAAGAAGGACAACCCGAUAUGCAAGAUCGAACGGAUACUAAAAGUGCACAACACCCAACGCACCAUCCAACGGUUCGAGGAGUGCAGGGACACCGUAAAGAACCGUGCGCUGGGCAGCACCAAGAAAAACCCCAGGUGCGCAGCAGACGGCAACGAACUCUUGCGGUUCCACUGCACCACCUUAACGUGCGCACUGGGCGCACGUGGCUCCUCCUCCCUCUGCGCCUCCGUACAUGGCAGUUGCGGUGUCUGCACCAUCAUCAGGCACGGUUUCCAAGGUGGUAGUUGCGGCGGCGGCAGUGGAGACCACGGGAAGGCGAAGGGCGUGAGGACCACCGCCAGCAGCGGUAGGGCCCACGACUCUGUUGUGUGCGGUGACGCCACGCGCAGGGCUAUGCUUGUGUGUCGCGUGAUCGCUGGAAGAGUGAAGCGCGUGGUCGAAGACGCGCCGUCCGAGGAGGAACACGUGUCGGUUGCGUCGUAUGAUUCCGUUGCUGGGUACGCUGGAAUCUACUCGAAUCUCGAGGAACUUGUUGUUUUCAAUCCAAAGGCUAUCCUUCCUUGUUUCGUAGUCAUUUACAAAGUCCCUUCGUGUUAGCAAGCCGACAACGAUUCUAUUUCACGGUCCUUAGUGCAUCUUGCGUAUGGAGAAAAUUUUGAUAAAAGAGAUGAAACUUAUAUAUUUUUACGCAAGAAAAAAAAUGUUACUAGUAGUAGUAUAAUAUUAGUAUAUUUCAAUUUUCACAACUCAACCAUAUAACAAUGAAUAAGUUACUAGUUGUUAGUGUUAAUCUGUAUAUUUCAGUUACAACUUAAUGACUAGUAAUUUAUUGAUCGUUAAUUAUAUUAUAUGGGGUGUGAAAUAGUAGUACAAGUGAAAUGUGAAAGAGUAACAAAGAAAUAUAUAUCAUCGUAAUUGAGUGAUGGAAGAAGAAUGUUGUAAUGUACUUUUCUAUGCUUGGGUGUGUCUGGUUGGUAGUUCUACAAUGCAUGCACAAAGCACACGCACGAGGCAUGACCCAUCAAUGAUCAAUGGUGGAAGGUGGAAGUGUGUUUGAUGUCAACCUUGUGAAUAUCUCACCUACUUUUAAUUACAAUGUCUCCGAACACUUUGUUCUGUGAAUGAAUGCUUUUUAGCUCAAAACUGCUAAACUGAACAAACAUGCGUGUUUCUGUUCAA